AUGCCGUUCAGUGGAAACGGAGCCACCAGCAGUUCCUGGCAGUCUGUUCUCUGCUGCUGGUUUAUGUUCCCCACACUUCAAGACCUAUUGCCAAGUGGGAGCAAAGAGGUCCAGCUGUGCAGAGGGCAGGAGGCAGAUGCUGGAGAAACAGACAGGGUCCACUGCUGGCUAAAGAGCUUGGGCUUUAUUUGGAGUGGGGGCCUGACCCAGCGUGCGGGUUGGGCCACAGGUGUCACGUGGCCUGCGCUUUGGACCGUGGUGCGUACUUAUGCUCCCUAUGUCACAUUUCCUGUGGCAUUAAUGGUCAGGGCUGUGGACUACCACCUGGAAUGGUUCAUCUGGGAAAAUGAUCCCCAGCCUGUAGAGGAGGAAAAAAGCAUCUCUGAGGGCCGCCAGGAGGAUCGCAAGCUGGAUGAGCUGCUAGGCAAGGACCAUGCCAGGGUGGUGAGCCUUAAGGACAAACUGGAAUUUGCCCCCACCGCUGUCCUGAGCAGAAACCACCCAGAGAAGAAUUAA